UAAAUAGGCAGAAUAACUUGACAGCCUUGCAGUAACUUCUUCAUUCAUCAAAAAAGUUACAUAAAAGUGAAGUGUAUAGUGAAACGUGAAGGACGUUUAUUUUCUAGUAAUUAAAGUGUUCUCAUUAGUUAUAAUCACAAUUUCACUCCUUUACCAAGUGCAUUGUUGAUGGAUUGUCAUCUGUGGACGAUCUAAUUAUUGCAUCGAGAUGAUUAUUGAAAAUCCUGACGCUUUCAAGUCGUGGUUGACCUCCAUAUUGGAGCCCCUUUGUGAUGCGGACCCUGCAGCGCUUGCCAAGUAUGUGUACGCCCUGGUUAAGAAGGACAAACCUCUGGACGAGCUGCGAGAGGUCAUGGUGGAUCAGCUCGAUGUGUUCCUCCAACAAGAAACCAAACCGUUUGUGGAGAUGUUGUUCAAAUCGCUGGAGAGCAACGAUUACCUGAAGCCGGGACGUGAGGAGAAGGCGCCCUCACCACCCCCGGCUGAGCCUGAACCGCUGAAGAAGCCUGAAGCUGAAAAUCAUGUGGUCCCCAAUUCGGGUCCCGCGUCGCCGGCGGCAGGGCCUGAGCCGGCGCCGGGCUCGCGGCCGCGGCUCGUGCUGCAGCCCUCCGCCCGCCACGCGCACACAGAGCAUACGCUUAUUAAGGUUGUACCAUUAACUGAGCUGCUAGAAGAACCAGUAGACCAGCCUCCGAGAAGACGAGACAGGAGAGGAGAUUCGACGCGCGAGGCGGAUCGUCGUCGGCGCCGCUCUCGCUCGUGGGAGCGUCGCGCGCGCACGCGCCGACACCCGCGCGACAACGAACACAACAACGACGCCAGGAGACGACCACUAUCAAGAUCUCCGUCGCCGCGAGGACGUUACAGAAACCGCAGUCCCCCUCCACCACCACCUAUUGACAGACAAAACAGCAGGUCUAGAUCAAGAUCACCGACAGUCCGCGAUCGUGACCACGAGCGUGAAAGAGAAAGACUACGCGUUCCUCGCGAGCUGGAGAGAGACAGAAUGUCGCGGGACCGAGAGCAUAGAGAUCGAGUGUCUCGCUCUAGAGAUAGGGAACGAUCGCGUGAGAGAUCUCGCGACCGUUCCCGCGGCUCGACGUCCCCCCGCGCGGACGCGCGUCUGGAACACAACGACGCUUAUAAGCGACGCUGUCGGGACUUCGACGAGAAAGGCUACUGCAUGCGAGGCGACCUCUGCCAGUGGGACCACGGCAGCGACCCAGUAGUGCUAGAAGAUGCUGCAGCUGCUUUAUCUUCUGUGCUUGCACUCCCACCAGCCCCUGCCGUGCCUGAAUACAACCCGCUAACGCCGGACAUCUGGUGCGGCGGCUUCCCCGCGUACCCGCCGCCGCAGCCGCACCAUCCGCAUCCGCCCAGGGAACUCAUACCUAUACCUAGGAUUCGUCAAUCGGCGCCAGUGCCGCGUGCUGCGGGUGCGGCACCACCGCGACAUCCGCCGCCGCACAAGAAGAACUUCGACUAUAACAGAUUUGGCGCCGGUCGUCCCCCUCUGCCCGCUAACGCGGCGAACUGUUCGCUGGAAGUGAAGAAAGUGCCGCGAGGGCUGAACGAUAUCACGCAUCUGAACAACCACUUCUGCAAGUUCGGCAAAAUUGUUAAUAUACAGGUGUGUUACGACGGUGACCCGGAAGCGGCGUUGAUCACGUUCAGCAAUCCGACGGAAGCUAAUGUUGCCUACAAGAGUACAGAGGCCGUUCUCAACAAUAGAUUUAUUAAGGUCUUCUGGCAUAACCCUGAGAACAAACAAGAAAACAUGGCGCCCAGCGGUCAGCUAGCUAACAAACAAAACGACAGACAGAAUUCACAACACCCGAUGUCUCACAACAAAGUGCUUAUAAACAGGGACAAUAUUAAGGCGACCGCUGAUAAUAAUGCAAAACAGCUGAUGGAGAAGCAAGAGAAAGAAAAAGAACUAUCAAACGGCGUGGAACCAAAGAAAGAAGUAGUUAAACCGUCUCUCAACAAGAGCAAACAAGUGAUGGAGAUGCACAAGCGAGCACAAGCUCUGCUCGAGACUCAGCUGCAGCAGCAGAUGUUGCUCAUACAGAGGCUCGAACAAGGCAAUGUAACGGGACCACAAAGAUCAGCUCUGUUAGAAGCCAUCAGUUCAGCACAGGAGGGCAUCGAAAAGUUAAGGAAAGAGCUCGUCGCUUACAACGGCACUUUGAAACAAAUGCAGGACGAGUCGGUCGCCAGGAAUUUGUCCCGGUUGCAACUAGCGCAGGCAAAGAAACCAAAGACUAAGGAGGAGGCGCAAAAGGAGAUUCUGGAUGCUGAACUCGACCUCUUUACUAAACAACAGGAAGGCCAAGACGUGACGGAGUUAACGAAAAAAAUCGCAGAGUUACGCCGACAGAUGGCUAUACAGUUCCCCUCGCAUAACAUCAUGAGGAGGCCACAUGCAAGCUAUCGUAUUGUGAAGAGAAAACUUAGAGGCGGUCGUUUCAACACCCCCACCCGUUUCACCCGAGGCGGCAUAGCGACCAAGAUGUUCAGCGUCAACCAGUCAGUGGACCACAGGCCGAAAGCGCUCCUCAUCUCAGGGUUCGAAGCUGAUGAGUUGGAAGCCUUGAUCACGCAUUUCUCUCAAUUCGGCGAAGUGAUGAGCAAGGAAGUGGAGCUAUCCGUGCCUCAGCUGGUGCUGCAGUACAAGUCGCGGCAGCAUGCUGAACAUGCCAUCGCCAACGGGAAGCACUACAACGAUAGGACACUCUCCAUAACGUGGACGGCGAACACGAACGCGAGCACGAACAACGCGGCCCGACCCGCCGACGCGCGGCCCGCCAGGAACGGCGAGCAGAGAGAUGAUAAGGACGAGACACCAGCGGAGCUACCCGAAGACACUCUUCUCCGUUUCGACGAGGAGGAAGAGGAUGACGCAGACGAGGACCGCUCCUGGCGCCGUUGACCCUCACUCCUCGCGACCAGCUCACUCCACUGUAACAUACAACACUUUACAAUUCAGUGGACUUGUAAAACAGUGUCGGACUAUCCAAUCUUGAGGAUUAUAAUACCCCCUUUUUAAUCCGGAUUUUUUUAUAAAAAAGUAUCUCCUAAUCAGACAAAAAAAAACUAUAUUUUAUAUAUAAUAUGUACAUGUAUUCUGCGAGUGUAAAUUAUGUACCAGGGUUCGGGAUUUUCGUCAAAUUUGACGUUUCUUCAAUCCGAUUGCGUAUAAUACUAUGUAAUAAUGGGUAAUGGUUUAGAAAAAACCGGAUUACUGGGGGUCCACUAUAUAUAUACUUCAUUUGACUAGAAUUUUAACUAAAGGGAAACAGUCUUGAUACUUUUUUUCACAAAUACAUACAAAACUAAAAAACUGCUGAUUAAAAUAAUGAUUCAAUUGAUUAAGUAACUGGUAUUAUUGUAUUUACAUUGAUUUUUAGUCGCAUUUUAUUUAUAAAAUUGAGUUUUUUAUAUGAAAAGUCAUAAUAAUAUCAAGAUUUUUUACCUCUAGUUAAGUGACUACUCGAAUGUUGUAGCUAAAAAUGGACUUUAAUGUACUAUAUUGCAAGAGUGAUGUGUUUCUAACUGUAACUAUAGUUAACCGAACCAUACUAUACUAACGUCCGCUCCUAAUAUUCUAUCUAUCGUGAGCAAUAGAUUGAUUAUUGGGAACGACCCCUGGGCCCGUUUUCACCGACAACAUAAGCAUUUUCUUAAAACGACUGUUUAUUUUGAAACUUUGACAUAAAAGUUCAUGGUAGACAUUUUUUUAAGGAAAUUGACGUUUAUUUUGUGGGUGAAUUUUCGGUCUAAAAUUAACAUCAGCAUGCUGACCUUACUAUACUAAAAUACCGCCCGGUUUUACCCAAAAUAUACGUUUCGACUAAAUAUUUAUAAUUCGCGUGUAUACACCAAUUUACGUUGUUUUAAAACGUAGGCAGUAACAAUAAAUUCUAAAUGUCGGUUAGUCAUCCCGUUUUUAGGUAAUCGAGAAAUAGGACAUAGAUGGGACAUAGGAGAUAGAUAUACUAAAAUACCAGUUUUUCUUUAAUAAAAUCGAUAUCUUGAUUUUAAAGAAUCGAUUGAAAUUUCGAUAUUGAAAUCGAUUCUUUUCGGUUUUGAAUAUGAAUUUAAAUCUUCAAGGCAAUUUUGACUGAAGUGAAACAUAAGCCGUCGUACCACAGUAACUUUGAAACGCCCGUUGAACACUUGUCUAAAAAAUACAGAUUAUGAAAAAAUACGACAAUCAGAAUAUGACAGAGUACGUUGAAAUACGGUCCGUUUUUUUAGACAAGUGUUCAACAGAUGUUUAAGUUUUCGUAGUAAGGGCACAUAUAUUUUAACGAGGACAAUUUCGAUUCGACAUCGAAUAUAUGAUAGUCGAUGCGCAUAUUGUGAGUUAGAAUAGUUUUACUUUAGUUUGUCUUGAAGUUUUAAAUGCAGGGUGGAUUGUUUUAAGAAUAGAAAUGGUAUUCAUCCUCCGAGCCCUUUUCCCAACUAUGUUGGGGUCGGCUUCCAGUCUAACCGGAUGCAGCUGAGUACCAGUGCUGUACCUGUGUAGUGAGAACGUAAAUGGUAUUAUUUGAGUCUAAUUUACAUCAAAUUGGUGUAUGAAGCUAGCAGAUUUUCAGCAUAGAAAAACUGAUUUCCUAAAAUAAAUAUAAUAACUAACUUCAGACUCGAGAGAUGUCUGUAUAUUUUCUCAAAAAAAUAAAAUUGUGCCCAUAUAACUUUGCCAAAAUGUGAAGUCAUCUGCCUAGUUUUUUCCAACUAAGUUGUGGUCUAACCGAACGCAGCUGAGUACCAGUGUUUUACAAGGAGUGACUGCCUAUCUGACCUCUUCAAACCAGUUACCCAGUCAACCCAAUACUCCUUGAUAAGACUUGACUUUCUGGUCAACUACCCGUUUUGAUGAAUGAAUACCAAUGCUAUUCUUAUUACAAUCUUGAGUAUAUAUAACUAUAAUAUUGAUCAAAAUAAUGGAUGGUAGAAAAAAACUACCAUUAUGGUAGUUUUUCUACCGAUAGUAAUUUUUCAGUUUUAUAGUUAUAUAUAUUAACCUUGCAGUAAUAUUUGCGUGCUAUCGUCCAUUUUGUACUUGUUAUUUGACUAAAUGGAUUAAUAUAGCGUGAGAAAUAACUAAAAUAAUGCCUAAACUCGUUAUAUAUACAAAAACAGACUUAUACCACGGUUAUUGACUGUUUAUUCUUAUAAAUAUAUAUAUAUGUAUUUGUAAAAACUGUAUGCAUGUUGUUGACACAAAAAAAAAUAUUUAACUCAUAUUGAUCAUUAACAAAAUAAAUUAUCUUUUUAUCUUUAUAUAUCGAUAAAUAAUAAUUUCUUUAGUAGUUGAGAUCUUCGAAAAGACAAAGUCGUCUUUUUACCCGACUGCGUCGCAAAGGAGGGUAAUGCAUUCUAAAACUGAUUUGAUUAAAUAAAUAACACCUUUAUAUAUACACGUUAAAAAAUAUAAAAUAAACAGUAAAUAACCAAACAAAUAUAAAAUAUAUGGAAAACUAAUAAGAUUUAAGCAAUAGGCUAAUCCCAAGCGCUUACAUUAUAAAAACUAUGAGUCUUCCUGCCAAUAAGGCUUGGAGAUAUAAAGUUCAAAUUUUAGCCAGACUUAGUCGACAUUAGAUACAAUCGUAGUUAGAUGGAUAUUGCUUAUUCUGAGGCCACGGAAACGGCGAAAACGGACAUAUAAGUCACUGUGUAAUUUUAUGAUAAAUCUGUUUUUAAAGACAUACACACUAAAAUACCAGAAAAACACGCUUUGAUAAAUCAUGUCCCGAGCCUUUUCCCAACUAUGUUGGGGUCGGCUUCCAGUCUUAAUUGGAUGCAGCUGAGUACCAGUGUGCCACACAAGGAGCGACUGCCUUAUCUGACCUUUACUAACUUAGCUUUUUUAAUUGAAAAUAAUUGCGAAAUGCUGAUUUUGAAUCUAAAAAGCAUGCAAAUUAGUGAUAUGUCUUACAAAACUAUAUAUUAUUGUAAAAAUAUACAGUUACAAAUGUGUCCGUUUUAAUAAAAUCAACGCCGGUUUUAAGGCUCUGAUAUUCUGUGCUCGGUUAGAAGGUAGAAAAAAACAUCACUUAAUAUUGUGACUACCCAUGGAGAACAAAAUGACUAGCGGAGAUGUCAUAACGCAAAAUCUCUUUAGAAAGUAGCGCGACAACAUGCGGGUGCGAGGGGGACGAGGAAUGUUAUUAGCUCCGCCCCUUAUUUUCCAAAGAAGGCCGCUCGCCUUCUUUGGAAACCGUCAAUGACCCAUCUUUGACAGAUGUCUUAAGCGUUGCUUUACUAAUAACUGAUCGUUUUGAUCAUGCCUACCAUACGUUAUUUGACCAACAAGAAGGCGCCUGACCUACCUGCCUUCUAGCAUCUCCGGUCAUCUUUCUUUCCACCGUAUUACGAAGCAAGAAAAUACACAAAGAAAUAUUGUGUAUUAUGGCAACUCGAGUUUGAAUUGAUACGAUUAUUAUCGAUAUUCGAUCAUAAUCGGAUUGGGUGUGAAUCGACCGAUAAAUGGAAUAUACAGAGCCUUUCGUGCGCCAAAGAAUUUAGACUUUAAUUGGAAAAGUAAGGUGUAUCGAAGAAUAGGCAAAGAGCUAGUUACCGUUUUAUUUGCGUUACUUAUUUAAUUUAUAUUGAAUUUUGCCAAUGUUAAGAAGGAAUUUCAGAAGAAAAGUGGUCAAACAGUGAAUGAAAUGUGUCGAAUGAGUUUAGAAACCCUAUCAAGUGCCUAUGAGAUUUUAUUUAAUGUUAAAUAAAGUCUUUGAACCCCUAUAUACCAAUUUUAGAGUGAAGUUGCUACACUGAAAAAUUCGAUAUAAGUUAGAAUUAAUAUAAUGUAAAUAAAUCGGUUUCUGGCUCUCUAAAAAGUCCGCGGAGCGGUUUUCAGAAGAUUUUUUUCGUUAAGUCUAAUAUAUAUAUCUAUAUUAUAUUAUUUCUACGUUUUUGUCUUUUUCUCCUAAACAAGUCGGUGAGGUUUCUUACAAAAAUAUAAGCUUUCUUUUAACGAUAUUUCACAUUAUAUUGGAUGAAAUUAGGUAUACAUAGAUACAUUUUUGAUAGCCUGAAAAAUAUAUAUGAAGUUGCAAAAAUGUGUUGUAAAGUUGACAUUUCUGACCGAAAAUUAAGAACUUCUAAAUAAAUAAAAUAUCCCGAUGAAAAGAGGACUUCCUCCUUUUCUGAAGUUGGUUAAAAUAAAAUCUUUUCUGUCAACUUUAAUAAUACAUAUUAUUAAAUAGUCUAAAUAUACACUAUAUGUAUAAAAUAUAAUAUUUAGAUAGUUCAAUUGACAAUUCUUUCUGAUAUAAUGUGAUUUAUCCUUAAAAUUCGGAGCUUCAAUAAUGUUACAUAAUUCUUAUUUUUUAUUAAUAAUAAAUUAUAUAGUUUUAAAUUUAAUUAUUAUAAUAGUUUUAAGUGUGACUUGUUUUGAGUAACAUUGAAAAGCCACCAUGAAAAUCUAAAAUUAUUCAGCUUGAAUUACUAACUAGAAUUUAUUACCUUCUCCGUGUGAGAGGAGGCCUGUGCCCAGCAGUGGGACGAUAAAAAGGCUGUAACAGCAACAGUACCUUAAAUGGUGUAAAAUUAUAGAUGUUUUGUCUCAAUGUUACUCAAAAUACGUAUUUUUAAUUCAACUUUGUUUUUUAUGUUUGUUUUCGAUAGAUAUAAUGUUUUUUGCUCUGCGGUUGGUGGGGUUUAAGAAAUUCCGUUUUUGACUGGGAAUAUUACAUUUAUUAAAGAAAUAUGUAUCGCAAUAUAGUCUGAAUCUAAUCUUGACAUAAAUCUACAAAAUGAUCGUAGGACCCAUAUGUAGUAAAAUAAUGUAGUGAAAGGGUAUUAGAUAUUAAAAUCUAGUGAAAAUCAAAAGUUAGUUCCACUGAUCUUGAAAGGAUAAAUCGUAUGAUUAUAUUUGAAUGAAAUAAUACACAUGCCUUACUUAUACACUGAUUUACCGAAGAUCAUAUUUUUGUUUGAUUCAGUCAAAUUUUGCAAGCUUUUAUAUAAAAGUGUAUGUUCCCAGUCAAAAACUAGUUUUUCAAAAGCGUUCGCGUGAGAGUGCUACGUAAGAAAUCAUAGCUGUCAGUCGCUAGAAUAUUGGUUUAUUUUUAAAUUGUUUUUGUAAAUAAAUGUUUGGUCUUUAGCCCGUAAGUCCACGAUCGCUCGUUUUUUCGACUAAAAAUAAACUAGAAGUGGUAUGAUUUGAAUGAAAUUUCUGAUGAAAGCUGCGAGUCAUAUUUUUGUUAAUUUUCUUUUUAACUAAACUUAUUUUUUAGGAUUAUGAUUAACUAGUUUAUCGUCUAAAUUGUUAGAUUUUGUAUAUUUUAGGUACUUAUUGUGAAAAUUAGUUGUUAAAAAUUCUUGAAUGCAAUUAAGGGGUAUCUGCAUAGCAAUAAUUGAGUCGAGGGGGCGAGCGUCGUGAUUAAUGUACAUACUAGUUAUAAAACAACAGACUUGUAAAAAAAUAACAUUUACAAAAAAGAAAUAAAGUCGAGCCGUUAAAAAAAUACAAUUUGGCGGUAAAAGAAUAUUUUUUCUAAGUUGCAAUGAUGGCGGCUUUAUUGUAACACAAGAAAAAAGUAACUUGUGAUGUGUUUUCAGUUUGUUUGUUUUGUUUUUGUAAAAAAGAGAGAUGAUAGCCGCCAAAAAAUAAAA